CGCGAGAGCAUGCUAGCCAAACAAUACAAAAAGUUGCAUCUACAUAAGACGUUUCCACUCAAUGUGGAUAUAGCACAAGUAGUUACAAUAGAGCUACGAAGUCAUCGUACAUUAAUUUCAGAUACCUAUUGAAAAAUGUUAUUUCAGACAAGGAAACCACUAUUAAUUGGUGUUUCCACAACAAACUUCUAGCAAAUAAAAGAAAGUGUCCUGUAUGUAAUUGUGACAUGAAAUACACGUUGUCAACAACAUAUUCAUCGGAUGGUGUAAAGUGGCGUUGCCAAAAGUUAGAUCACACGAAAGAUGUAUCUAUACGAAGAAAUUCUUGGUUUGAAGGUUCAAACAUGACAUUAGAAGAAGUAAUUGAACUGACGUACUGGUGGAGCACAGGAACCGAACAAGUAAACAUAUGCCAAGAAAUGGGUUUAUCAUCAGCAACUAUUGUGGACUGGGCAAACUUUUUGAGAGAAAUUUGCGAUGAGAUAGUGAUAAAACGUUCAAAACCGAUUGGUGGAAAAGGCGUCAAAGUGCAAAUUGACGAAUCUAAAUUUGGAAAGCGGAAGUACCACCGCGGUCAUAAAGUAGAAGGACAAUGGGUCUUCGGAGGGAUAGAAUCUGAAUCAAGAAAAAAUUUUAUGAUUCCUGUCGAAAAGCGAGAUCGCAAUACCUUGAUCCCCAUCAUUGAAAGGUACAUCUUACCAGGAACGACAAUUGUCAGCGACUGCUGGAAAGCCUAUGACAUUCUCGAUGAACUAGACUAUCACCAUUUAAAAGUGAAUCAUUCAAUUGAAUUUGUAAACGAGUCUGGUGAUCAUACCAACAAAAUAGAGGGGCAUUGGCGACAAGCGAAAGCAGUAAUGCCAAAAUUUGGUGUCAGGAAAAAUUUUUUUUCGUCACAUUUGGGAGAAUUUAUGUGGCGAUAUGAAAAUAAGGACAAAAAUUUGUUUAUGCAAAUUAUAUCAGACAUUUCUUCUAUUUAUAAUUUUUAAUAAUCAUGUCAGUUUUUGCCAUUAUAAAUCCUUUAUAAAAUAUAAAAGUUCUGCAG